GCUACAUGAAACACCCGCGUCUCUGGCUUUGGGUCACACUUUGUAAUUGUGCAAAGGAAAGGAAAGGAAAGUGAGCAUAAGCUAUCUUCUCCCACCCCACCCCACGCCACGGAUAUUUCUGUCUGUUUAUCUUGUAGUUGAUUAGCAAACUAUUUCUCGCUGAGUUCCAUUGUUUAAGUUGGUGAAUGCGGUUGAGGACUUUGGUUGAUCACGUGGAGCAUUAGAGUAGCUUGUGUUAGUCCAGAAUCCUUGGAGGAGAAGGAAUGGAUGUUAUGACAGAUUGUUUUUCAUUUAAUUUGAAAAGAAUGUAGUCCUUUAUAUAUAUGUUGGUGAACCAUCCUUCUUUGUACAUUUAAGGACUGGCUGCCACAUGUCAUGUGCCUAUGGUUUGCUGACAUGACCUUUGGCUGCAGAUUGAGCAAAACUGGAGAAUCAUCCUUCACAGUUAUCAUUACUGUCAUCCUCAAAUAUAGGCUUGCCCUUCCUUCUUGAAGAAGGUCAAUUUCAUGGAUGAUGGUCCUCCUAAAUUAAAGAUCAUCCCUAACCACUUUCAAGCUCCAACUUCAAGUAUAGAAUCUCCUGAGAGCAGAACAUCGUCCAUUACAGAACCUGGAACCGAUCAAACCUCAAGGUCGUCCUCGUGCCAUCUGGGGACUCGAAGAAAAUUAAGGACAGCUUUCAUGAUGAAGUUGUUUACUCUACCGGGGCUGCCAUGGGGUUCAAGUACUGGAGGUCAGGAAAAGGUUGAGCUAACGGCUGCAGAAAUAGAGUCCCUUCGAUCAGAGCUUGCUGAUAUAGAAGAGAGAGAAUCUCACUUGAAAGCUCAGUUGGAACAUAUUGAUGAAGUUUUGCGGUCAGCUCGUCUAUCUGGCUAUUUAUACAUUCGAACUAGAUGGGCAGCACUACCGGGAGAACCUCCACCUAUAGAUGAUGCUGAAGUAGAUGAUUGGCUUCCUCGCUUUGUCGUUCUCCAUGGAGCAUGUAUAUUCUUAUAUUUGUUGUGUACAGAUCUAAGUCCUCAGGACUCGACCCUUCUAUCUGAAAUUGUUGAAGUAGGGAGAUUGCCAUGUUUUAAGCGUGAAGACGAUGAUAUUCAAUAUGCCUUUUAUAUUUUAACUUGUCAUGGAUUACGCUAUGAAUGCUCAAGCAAUUCUAAGAUACAGGUGGACUCUUGGUUAUCAGUUUUACAAAAUGACUGCAAAUCAGAAUCUGAUACAUCGGUUCGCAAAUCAGCUUCCAGAGCCGCGAGGUCCCUUCUCUCUGCUUCCAAGGGCUCUCAUUUUCACUCUGAAGUACGCUCGGUCGCGUCUGCUGCAGCUGUUUCAUUAAGCAGAAAAGUGCCUUUUUUUGCUUCAAAUUAUGGGAGGGCCGGUUCUGGAAGUGGAUCCGCAACAUGGAUUUCGGGAGCUCUCGCUCUUCCUGCUGCAGCUUACAUGUUCCAAGAUCAGGAGGUGCAUGCUGCUGAGCUGGAGCGCACUUUCAUUGCCAUUAAACCUGACGGAGUGCAGAGAGGACUGAUUUCAGAGAUUAUCUCUCGUUUUGAGCGGAAAGGGUACAAGCUUGUGGGAAUUAAAGUAUUGAUUCCUUCAAAGGAAUUUGCCGAAAAGCAUUAUCAUGACCUGAAGGAAAGACCAUUCUUCAAUGGAUUGUGUGAAUUCCUAAGCUCUGGCCCUGUUAUUGCAAUGGUGUGGGAAGGACAGGGAGUUAUUUCCUACGGCCGAAAACUUAUUGGAGCCACAGAUCCACAGAAAUCAGAACCUGGAACCAUUAGGGGUGAUCUGGCUGUAGUUGUUGGAAGAAACAUCAUACAUGGGAGUGAUGGUCCAGAGACUGCCAAGGAUGAGAUAAACUUGUGGUUUAAGCCAGAGGAGUUGGUUAGUUUCACUAGCAAUGCAGAGAAGUGGAUUUAUGGUGCCAACUGAUUCUUUCCCCUUCUAUAAGCUCAAUCUGCCAUAAUAGAGUGAGUUUUUGGAAUAAAUUAUUUGUUGAGCUGAGAUGUAAACGGCAAUACUGAACUCUACAAGCCAAAAAUAAGUGGGUUUGAGAAUAGCACGUUAGCACUAAUGUUUUUAACUGUAAUAAGAAUUGCAUUAUAUCAUUUGAUAGAUGUUACCAAUAAGUCAAACUUACAUCC